CAAUUUCCUUUAAUUAUUAUAUAUACUAUUACAAUAUAUAAAGUACAAAGUUCUACCCUUAAUAUAGUUAUAUUAAAUAUUUCAAAGAGGGACUUUCAAAUUAAAUUUAUAUAUGUAGUAUAUAAUAGAAUUAAGAUUUUACAAAGCUUUAUAUUCGACACCCCUUUCGAUUUAAGC